AUGGACGAAACGAAGACGAUGAAAUACAACGUCCAAGCUGAAGGAUAUCAUAUUGAGAUUCCGUAUACUUCAGAUCAAGUUCGUGAACUAUUAAGAGAAGGUAAAAGUAUAGAAUAUUUUCAGCUUCAUUCUGCCAAGGUGAUUGCGAAAAGUGCGUCCUUUGGGAAUGGGGGUGAAAGGACUGCCUUUUCGGGAAAAUUCAGUCACUCAGAUCGGGAGAUUGUACUCAAACGUUUUAAUAAAAUCCGAUCAUUUGAGUGUUAUAUAGAAACGGUGGAACGACAGAUGUUAUGUGAGAGCUUUGCUGAGGAAUACAAUCAGUUACGUGUGACACCACUGCAACUCCACUUUGUGCCGCUGACUUUAUUCCUUGCGAUCAACACGCGGGACACUCGGUAUGAUGGGGUGACCCUUAGUCGGGCCCAACUUCGAAGUCUCGGCGAGAAUUUUUUCUUUGUUGAGCCACUGUUAAGCGGGGAGUUUUUAAAGUUCAAUUCGAACAAUGGAGAUGUCUGGAUCGAUACCUUUCACGCGUCGCUCCACGCGUUCUCUCAUUGGACGUGGGUUGUAUCUAAUCAUCAAUUAUUAGUUGCGGAUUUACAAGGAGUUUUCCAAGACAAAUGGUUCUAUCUCACUGAUCCUGCUGUCUUAUCAAGCACCGACGACGAAUUCAAAUAUUCACCAACUAAUUUGGGAGAGGAAGGGAUCCAACGAUUCUUUAAAACUCAUCGGUGUAACCAAGUCUGCAUAGGUCUCGGGAUCUCAAAAAAUGUCCACGACGUACAAACACCUGAGGAGUUCGUCGUGUCAAACACCCCAACAAAAUUCCUCAGAAAAAGCGCAGUGAAGAAUUUGGAGAUCGACGAGUUCUGCGGAACUACACAACUGACAAGGGAAAAGGGCGAGAAGAAACUGAAAUGCGAAAAGAGCGAGUUUGGGACGACAAACGAAUGUCUGGAGACGUUUGAGGAGGUCCAGGAGUUGGUCGACAACUCGGAGAAUGCGGAGAAUGAGGAUUUCUAUAAUUAUAAAGGGAAGUUGGAAACGUUGGGGAGGUGCGUUGUGUUAUAUCCCUUCCGGGCAGAACAUUCAGAUGAAUUGAAUUUAAGAAGAGAUGACGUCGUCGACAUCUUAGCAAAAGAGGGAGAUUGGUGGUGGGGGAAGUGUAACGGAAGAGAAGGAACAUUCCCGAAGAAUCACGUGCAAGAAUUACUCCAGAUGUUUAGAUUUGUAUGCUGCAUGGACUAUGAGGCUAAAUGUCGUGAUGAGGUGUCUGUCAAAGCAGGACAGUUUGUAUAUCUUGUGGGAAGAAAGAAGGAUUUGGUCAGAGUGACUACAGAAGGAAUGAAGUGUGGGUUUUUGCCGUUCGAUGUGGUCAAAAUAGUGUCGUAG